AUGCAUGCAGAAGACCGCAGGCCCUUUCGUCACAUUCCCCUAUCAUACAAUCAUGCCGACUCUCAUGCCUCCGCGCUGAGGCUCAUCUUGACACUCAACCCGCACUGGGAGGGACCGGACAACAAGAUCGAGUUUGUCCGGUUCACGGAUGGCAUCACCAAUACUCUUCUUAAAAUCAUCAAUCGCAAGCCCGGCUUGACCGAGGAGCAGAUAGACCAAGAAGCAGUACUGAUGCGAGCGUACGGUAACCACACAGAAAUCCUCAUAGACCGCGAAAGAGAAACGAGAUCCCAUGCUCUUCUUGCCAGCCAUGGAUUAGCCCCUCCUCUCCUGGCGCGCUUCAACAAUGGCCUCCUGUACCGGUUCCUCCGUGGCCGCCCAGCCAGCGCGGAGGACCUUGCCACGCCUGCCGUCUGGCGUGGUGUGGCCAGGAGACUUGCGCAGUGGCAUGCGGUGUUGCCCAUCAAGGGAGCUGCCGCACCGCUAAUGCCCGCCGAGGACGUGACCCUGAUGCAACAUGUAGAUGAGGCCACGGCACACUGCCAGAAGUUGAAGCACGAGGACAUCUCCGUGAUCACCCCAAAGCAGCCUGGGCCGAGCAUGUGGAGUGUGCUCCAGAAAUGGAUCCUUGCUCUGCCCACGACCACGGAGGAGCAGCGCCAACGGAGACUUAGUCUGCAAAAAGAGCUGGAGCGGGUUGUCAGCGAGCUAGACGAUGAAAAAGGCCUAGGCGAUGGUGGAUUGGUUUUCUCUCACUGUGACCUUCUCUGCGCCAACGUCAUUGUGUUGCCCGAAAGCGCCUCUUCGGAAGACGAAGCGGCCGUUGUCAACUUCAUCGACUACGAAUAUGCCACCCCCUCACCUGCCGCCUUCGACAUUGUCAACCACUUUGCCGAAUGGGGCGGUUAUGACUGCGACUACAACAUGCUGCCCACCCGUUCCGUGCGACGCGAGUUCUUGACCGAAUAUGUCAAGAGUUACAGCUACCACAAGGGUAUCCCGGAGUCAUCUCAAGGGGAGAUUGUCGACCGACUCUACGAAGACGUCGACCGGUUCCGAGGCAUUCCCGGACUCUACUGGGGCGUGUGGUCACUCAUCCAAGCCCAAAUCUCACAGAUCGACUUCGAUUACGCCUCCUACGCCGAGGUCCGUCUCGGCGAAUACUACGCAUGGCGCCGGGAGGUAGACGGGUCGCGGACCCAGGCAGGUGAAGAGAUGCCUCUCCGGGAGCGACGAUGGGCUCAAGAAGCUUAA